CGCGAGGGCACGGCGGCCAUGCCUCUCGCCAGGAGAACGGACCUCGGGGACAGCAACUACGCCGGGCUCGAGGUCGACGUGUGCCACGACCUGCAGCGAUGCUUGAAAGAGACGCUCGAGGGCGGGUUCGACUUCCUCGUCACGCCGCUCGCGCAUCCGCGACAUCGCCGCCCCGCGCCGAGCGCGCGAGACCCGUCCGCGCCGACCCCGGCGCCGUUCGCGAGGUCCGACCUCCUCCUCAACUCGACGCAGUGGAGCUCCCAGGUCGUCGGUAAGACGUCGCCGUGGAUCGACGCGGACUCGGUCUCCGCGCCGAUGCGACGCGACAGCGAGGCGGCGCUGAGACAGGAGCUGAUGUGGGCGGCGCACCUAUCGCUGCACGCGGUCCUCCUCCCGACGCCGUCGCUGAAGGCGGCGAACUACGCGCGGAUCGUGAACCAGUUCCUCACCGCGCUGUCGUCCACCGCGCUGUGGGUCCGAAUCCCGGUCGUGUCCGCGGAGGUGGAAGCGGCGGAGGCGAACGGCGGCGACGGCGCCGCCGAGGCGCUCGCGAAACAGAUCGACCCGUGCACGCGGCGACGCGCGCACGACCCGUUCGAGCGGUGGGCGAACCUGAGAGCGAUGUGCGAGGGGCACCCGCAGCUCAGCGCGUGUCUGGAAGUCGGCGCGUCGCUGCCGCCCGCGGCCGAGCUCCGAAGGUGGGUGGGCGAGCCCGUGAAAGCGGUGGUGCUCAACGCGGACGCGUUCAUCACGAACAAACGCGGGUUCCCGGUGCUUCCGAAGCGUCAUCAGGAGUUCAUCACGACGAUGCUCCAGAAGAACGUCCAGGUCGUGCUCAGAUGGAGCGGCGACGGGGACAAGGCGUACGUCGUCUACCUCUUUCGGAAGAUCGACGCGGUGAGCGAGCAAGAGCUCGUGGAGUCCGGAUACAGGGAUUACCUCCAAGCGCCGCUGCAGCCGCUGAUGGACAACCUCGAGUCCGCGACGUACGAGACGUUCGAGAAGGACGCGUCGAAGUACAUCCAGUACGAAGAAGCCGUGCACGCGUGUCUCGUCGACCGCGUGCGCGACGCGGACGCCGCGGCGGGGAAGGUCACGGUGCUCAUGGUCGUCGGCGCCGGUCGCGGGCCGCUCGUGAGGGCGUCCCUGCGCGCGUCCGACCGGUGCGGACGGAAAAUGAAAGUGUACGCGGUGGAAAAGAACCCGAACGCGGUGAUCACGUUGCAGUCGCUCGUGGAGAGCGAGGGGUGGGAGGAUCGCGUCACGAUCGUGGCGAGCGACAUGCGGUCGUGGGACUUCGAGGAGAAAGCGGACGUCUUAGUCUCCGAGCUCUUGGGGAGCUUUGGGGAUAACGAGCUGUCCCCGGAGUGCCUGGACGGCGCGCAGCGAUUCCUGAAAGAAGGCGGGGUCUCGAUCCCGCAGAGCUACACGUCGUACCUCGCGCCGAUGACGUCGUCAAAGCUGUGGAACGACGCGAAAGCGUACGGCGACCUCGCGCACAUGGAGACGCCGUACGUCGUGAAGUUGCAUCGGUACUCCCUGAUCGCUGACCCGGAGGAGGUGUUCACGUUCCAUCACCCGAACGAGGACAAAGUCAUCGACAACAACAGGUACGAAAAGUUGCUCUUCAAGCGCGCGCCGGACGCCGCGGCGGCGACGAUGCACGGGUUCGCCGGGUAUUUCGACGCGAAGCUGUACGAAGGCCCCGCGGGUAAGGUGCACUGCAGCAUAUACCCGCCCACGCACACGAUGGGGCCGACGGGCGAGCCGAUGUUUUCGUGGUUUCCAAUUUAUUUCCCGCUGCGGACGCCCGUGCACGUGCCCGCGGGGACGAACGUGGAAGCGCACUGCUGGCGGUGCGUCGGGCCGUCGAAGGUAUGGUACGAGUGGGCGGUGACCGCGCCCGAGGUGGGGCCGGUGCACAACGUCAACGGGCGCUCGUAUUGGGUCGGGUUGUGACGCGUCGAAGCGCGAAGCGGCGCCGCCGUCGUUUUAAUAUACGACCAGCUUACCGCC